GGAGAAGAUAAUUUCACUUACUGUCCAGCAACAGGCCUGGCUAAAGGAAAUGAGCACUCGGAAUUUGCUGGCUGGGCAUUUCCAUUUCCAGGGGUGUUUCUGAUGGAGGAGUUCAUUAGCGAAGAUAAAGAAUCUGAGAUAGUUGAACUGAUGGAUCGAGACGACUGGAAACCAUCACAGUCUGGCCGAAAGAAACAGGACUACGGACCCAAAGUGAACUUCAAGAAACAAAGGCUGAAAGCUGGCAGCUUUACUGGUUUGCCAAGUUUCAGUAAAAAGAUUGUGGCACAAAUGAAGGGCUGCUCUGUACUGAGCGGUUUCUUACCCGUCGAACAAUGUAAUCUGGACUACAUGCCAGAAAGGGGGUCUGCCAUCGACCCACAUUUUGAUGACUGGUGGCUUUGGGGAGAACGCUUGGUUAGCCUAAAUUUGCUCUCAAAAACCGUGCUAUCCAUGUCUUGUGAUUCAGAGGACAGCCUCCAAUUAUUUCCCACUUUCAAGGGAAUCAACUCCAUUUUAUACCCAAGGCUUGUGCCAAGCAAAGAGGUGACUGUUGCCAUUCACUUACCCCGAAGGUCGCUGGUGGUGCUGUACGGUGACGCACGGUACAAGUGGAAACACGCGAUUCACCGCAAGCACAUAGAGCGUCGCCGAAUCUGUGUCACGUUCAGGGAGCUGUCUGCGGAGUUCAGCGCUGGAGGAAGGCAGGAGGAACUGGGUAAAGAGCUGCUAGAAAUAGCUCUUUCAUUUCAAGGAAGACCAGUGUGA